GAGUGGGCUUUCGUUUUAUAUAACUGGAGCUCAUCCUGUAGUUCGUAUGAGACAGUGGCUCAAAUUAAAGAAAGGCUUUCGAAUUAAAGAAAGGUUUUUGGUAUGGUGGAAACUUGGCUAGCUACAGUCGCUAAAAUGGCUUAAUAAUACGGCCAUUGAAGACAAGGGGAAAAUACAGUACACGACUACAGUGUACAGAUAGACAAUAUCGAAAAUGCGACCGUGUGUGACAGGUAGAGCCCUGGAGAUGCUGGGGUGUAGUACUAUUACCAGUCCCGGGGUGACUAGGAUUUUGAGGUCCCCCGUCUCAAAAACAAUCAGUCUCAACUGUGCGAACGAAAGAUUUCGCUCCACGUCCUCAAUGCAAGGAUAUUUCGAGCUGGCUCGUGAAAGGUCCAAAACCGUUUCUUCGUUUUACAACCAGUCUGCAAUCGAUGCUUCUGCGGAAAAGGCGUCAGUUAGACUGACUCCAGCCACUCUACUGUAUGCAGGGAAGUCACCAGAUGGGCAUCAUAUUCUGAGCAGUGGGAAGUACCUGCAGAAGGAGCUGCCCGUGCGCAUCGCCCACCGGAUCAAGGGCUUCCGUAGUCUGCCCUUCAUCAUCGGGUGCAACCCCACCAUCCUGCAAGUGCACGAGCUGUACAUCCGGGCCUACCACAUGCUGAGCGACUUUCCUGCGGUCAAGGACCAGGAGACGGAGGCCCAGUACAGCACGCUGGUGCAGCAGCUGCUGGACGACCACAAGGACGUGGUCACCAUGCUGGCCGAGGGCUUCCGGGAGUGCCGCAGACACAUACAGGAUGAGGACUUGGUUCGCAACUUCUUGGACACCACCCUGACCUCUCGUCUGGGAAUCCGCAUGCUGGCAACGCACCACCUGGCCCUGCACGAGGAAAACGCCGACUUCGUGGGAAUCAUAUGCAGGCGUCUUUCCCCGAAAAGGAUCAUCGAGAAGUGGGUGGAUUUUGCAGGGCGCCUGUGCGAGCACCAGUACGGCAGCGCCCCCCGGGUGCGGAUCAACGGCCACGUGGCGGCCCGCUUCCCCUUCAUCCCCCUCCCCCUGGACUACAUCCUGCCGGAGCUGCUGAAGAACGCCAUGAGGGCCACCAUGGAGAGCCACCUGGACACACCGUACAACGUGCCUGACAUAGCAGUCACCAUCGCCAACAACGAAACAGACUUCGUCAUCAGGAUCUCCGACCGGGGAGGCGGGAUCCCGCACAGCAUCCUGGCCAAGGUGAUGGACUACCACUUCAGCACGGCGGAGCAGAGCGCCCAGGACCCCCGCAUGAGCAACCUCUUCGACAACAUUACCAACAGCGGGCCGCAGUCGGGCCCCAUGCACGGAUUCGGCUUCGGCCUGCCCACGUCGCGGGCGUACGCCGAGUACCUGGGGGGCUCCCUGUCCAUCCAGUCCAUGCAGGGCAUCGGCACCGACGUGUACCUGCGCCUGAAGCACAUCGACGGCAAAGGAGAGAGCUUCCGUCUGUGAAAGAUCCCCUCCCCCCCUUCCACAGACACACUCUCACACACACACACACACACACACACACACACAUACACACACACGCACCCCCCCACCCACUGCCCGUUCUGGGAUCCGCAGCUGUGGCAGCCCAACCCAGUGAACCAGGCUCCGGUAUGAACUGCAGUGGCUGAGUGCAAGGCUGAGCGGAAUUUUUUCCCCUCCCGUGUCGCCAAGGACAACAGCGGAACCCUGGCUGCCACAGCCUCAUGCGCCAGCGCUCUCCCACCUGACUGACUGCCUGUAAGACAGCGCCUGACUGGGCUCUUCCGUUUGUGCGUGCACCCCGUCUCUCCCCAGAACCUCAGACGGAACAGUGUUCGCUUGUGAAUACCCUGACCAGCAGGAGAGGGAUUUCUUUAAUGCCUAGCGUCGCUUUCCCAGAAAAGAAAAAAAAAAAAAAACCUCUUGUAAGCCUUAAAGGGAGGUGGGUGUAAUCUCCACUGGCGAGCCUUCACAUAUCCAGGUGUGACCCUAAAAGCACAGGAAACUGAGUGUGUGGACCCCCCCCCCCACCUCGGCGAGCUCCAGUGCCUAUUGGAAAAGUAGUCCUUGAGCUACAGGGGGUGAAACUUUGUGAAAGAACCAUCUAUAAACGUCCUGUCCUUGUAGCACCUGUGUUCCGUGGGAAUCUUCGGCGGCCUCUGCGUUUGGAUUUUGACCCCUCGCACCUCGCACCCCGACGUGUGCGUGUGCAGCACAUUCAAGGCUAACCCCAGGGUUACAGGGCUAACCACAGGACUGGGAAGCGAUUCUUGAUGAAUGAGUGAGGUGAUUUUUUUUUUUUUUUUUUCGUCUCUUCAGUUUUUCUAGCUCUCAAAAAAAAAAAAGUAUUCACGUGAGGUCCUUUUGCUUUUCAGCCAGGGAAGCCUAUGUACCUCCCUGCCAUAAACCCAACUAACGGUUAUCAGUGUUCCCACUGCCCUGUCUUCAACAAUGGUGUUCUGGGCUUUUCUCCUUGUAGAUCAAGGUUCAAACAGUUACCCAACUAACCGGAAUGACAACAAUGGAAUUGAAUUGAUACCGAGUAUGUGUGGAAGUUAAUACUUUGUAAAUGAAAGAAACAAGGGAAAUGGUUUUAAGACAUCAAAAAACAAUUUCACUCCCAAGUAUUAUGUGUGUGUGUUUUAUUAAUGAAUUUGAGCUGAUGAACUGCGUAAUCUGUAUAUUCAACAGAUUUAUUUCCUCAGUCACAAGCCAACCGUGUGAGUGCGUAUUUUAUAUAACACAUUCCGACAAUGGGUCACUGAGUUCUGACAGGUUGAAGAGUUCUGUAUAGUCCCCUUGUAGCAGGUGGACAUUACGCAUGAACCUAUCCUCUUGUGGCGAAUUUUCGAAGUGCAUGAUUGGUUGUUGACAUAAAUGCAAGUUAUAUGCUGCCAUUUUGGUGUUGAGCAUGGAAUUUGUGCAUUUGUUGGUACUCAGCCACUGGCUUUCUUGUAGGCAGCGACAGUCAUGCUGUUCUAUAUUAAUACUGCCAAUGUGGUCACAUGAAAUUCAGAAAACAGACUUUCUCCCAGAAAGAGUUCUGAGCUAAAAAUGUUUCCUAACAGGCCAGCAGUAUGGGAGAGCUGAUACAAAUAUCAUUUCACUAGGUUUUUAGGACUAGAUUUCAAGAAAGUGAGAUUUGUUGACAGAGCUUGCCCCCUGCUGGCAAAUAUUAUAACUACAUCCUGUCGGAAAUAGAAUAUUCAAGGGAAAGUCGAAUUGCCUUAAAAGGUGCUUUAUUUUAUUUGAAAGUAGGACAAUGGCACGCCUUACCUGAAUGCUCAAGUAAUUAAAGAAUAGUUUCACAAAAUUUAUGUUGUCAUAUAAUGAAAACUUACAUAAUUAAAUUAGCUCACUGUUUUCUAGCUGAUGGCCAAAUUAUAGAGUGAGAUUUUUAUUAUGACGAGGUUGACAUCAUGUCUGAUUUGUUGACUUUUGUUUUCCAUAGAUGUCAAAUGUUUAUAGUUUCUUGGGCAUUAAUUAAAUUCUUGAUGAAAACAA